GCACGAAAUACGCAGUAAGGUUAAUUGAGGCGUCAGGAACUGAAAUUGUGUUCUGUUAGAAUUCUGCUGUCGUUUUUAGGUUUUAAAAGUGAUGCUCAACGAGGUUUGAAAAUUAUUGGUGACAUUAUAUUGACAGUGCUGUUGUGUUGGCUUGGAGCGUCGUCGUUCUAAAAAAAUGGCAAUAGCCCUACAGAAGCACAUUAGUUGUGUUCGUGAAAGCCGUUGUCGUUAGUGCGUGCAACGUGAAGUUCAGAAGUGGAAAUAAAAAGCGGCUGCCUAGAAGAUACAGUAGCUUUUUCCAGUGGUUGCAAGCCGCAAUAAUGCCGGAAUCAUCGGAACAGGCGUCAGGAUCGUCCAUCAACGCUUCUUCUAAGGACGGUAAGGAAAGUGUGAAAGAGAAGAAACUGUCUUCCGGGUCUUUAGGCAGCGGUGAUGGUGCUCGACCGAAGGUUGUCACCGUAAAACAUCCAGAAUCAAACAAACCCAAACCUACUGUGAAGAAAAAUAAGCCAAUAUUAGCCGAUUUGGAUGUUGCGAAGGACUUUUUAAGAUGCAAAGAAGGAGGCGUACCCAGACUGGAUUUGAGUAAGUCAAGUAUAACACAGCUUCCUGCAACAGUCCGUGAUCUGACACACCUAGUAGAGUUUUAUUUGUAUGGCAAUAAGUUGGCAACUUUGCCUCCAGAAAUUGGUUGCUUAGUAAAUUUGCAGACACUUGCACUGAGUGAAAACUCAUUGACAAGCUUGCCGGAUUCCCUAGCAGGCUUAAAAUCUCUUAAAGUUCUUGACUUGAGACACAACAAAUUGAAUGAAAUACCAGAUGUUGUGUACAAGUUGACCUCUUUGACGACAUUGUUUCUAAGAUUUAACAGAAUAAAAGUGGUUGGAGAUGGAAUUAGAAACCUGACAAAUUUAACAAUGUUAAGUCUCAGAGAGAAUAAGAUAAAAGAACUUCCUGCAGGUAUUGGGAAGUUAGUUAAUCUUGUAACAUUUGACGUAUCACAUAAUCAUCUUGAGCACCUUCCUGAGGAGAUAGGAAAUUGUGUCCAGCUUUCCACAUUAGAUCUUCAACACAAUGAUCUUUUAGAUAUACCAGAAUCUAUUGGAAAUUUACAGGCAUUGAUCAGGCUUGGUCUUCGAUACAAUCAACUCACAGCUGUCCCAAAAUCAUUAAGUAACUGUGUUCACAUGGAUGAAUUUAAUGUGGAAGGUAAUAAUAUAUCCCAACUUCCUGAUGGGCUAUUAUCUAGCCUCUCAUGUUUAACAAGUAUUACAUUGUCCAGAAAUGGUUUUACAUCAUAUCCAGCAGGUGGCCCAGCACAGUUUACAAAUGUAGAUUCCAUUAAUUUGGAACAUAAUCAAAUAGAUAAAAUCCCAUAUGGCAUAUUUUCUCGCGCAAAACACCUUACAAAAUUAAAUAUGAAAGAAAACCAACUUACAUCACUACCCCUGGAUGUUGGAACAUGGACAAAUAUGGUGGAGCUGAAUCUUGGCACUAACCAGCUAACAAAAAUUCCAGAUGACAUCCAGUAUCUUCAUUCAUUGGAAGUGCUGAUACUUUCAAAUAACCUAUUGAAAAGGAUUCCUGCUAGUAUUGGUAAUCUGAGGAAACUCAGAGUUUUAGACUUAGAAGAGAACAAAAUUGAUGUUUUGCCAAAUGAGAUAGGAUUUUUAAAAGAUUUGCAGAAACUAAUUCUUCAGUCAAACCAAGUGACAACAUUACCAAGAGCUAUAGGGCAUUUAACCAAUUUGGAUUAUUUAAGUGUUGGUGAAAAUAAUUUAAGUUAUUUACCAGAAGAAAUUGGUACCUUGGAAAAUUUAGAAUCAUUGUACAUUAAUGAUAACCCAAACCUCCAUAACUUGCCAUUUGAAUUGGCACUUUGCAGCAAUCUUCAAAUAAUGAGUAUUGAAAACUGUCCAUUGACCCAAAUACCUCCGGAAAUUGUAGCUGGUGGUCCAUCACUGGUAAUACAUUUUCUAAAAAUGCAAGGACCAUAUCGUGCAAUGUGAACAUGAAAAAGGCUUGUUCUUGUGGAGCGCAAUCUUUCUUAUGUAUAGUGAUGCAUUUUAAUGUAUUUAUGUGGUCAUUAUGUAAUAAGGAAAGAAUGGCAUGGUCUGAAGACUACCUUUUAGAUUCAGACUUAAUCGAUUUCUUUUCUUUGGUACGUUUGAAGCCAAAUGUGAUGUAAGAUUUAUUUUUUAAUAUUGUAUUCCUUAACUUUAAUUUGUUAAAUUUGUUAUAGGUAUUGUUAAUACAUAUGUAUGUUGAGCGGAUUUGUUGUUUCAUUUUAGUGCAAUUGUGAAUGAGAUUUGUUUUGUAAUUCUGAUCAUAUACUUCCAGCGGAAUUUUGUUUUGUGACCUUUAUAUUCUGAUGGGAAAAGCCAUCAAAACUCUUAAACUGUGCAGUUAAUAAAUCAAUGAUUUGUUGAUUCAAGACAAAUUAGCAUUUUGUUUUAUCAUAUGUGUGAUAAAAUAACAUAUGUACUAAGUGUAAUGUAUUCCUCCCCACAUUUCGCACAUGGCUAGAUUUAAAAGUAUUUCAAUUUAACGAGCGAUGAUGGAUGUUUAUUAUUUUUAUUGCUGUAUUGUUUUACUACAGUGUAAAGCCUUUGGAGCUUAUAUGUGCAAUCAUUUUAUAGAGUUCAUUUUAUAAGUUGUAUCUGUAUACAUAUGUUUCCUUUGUAUAUGUAAAAAGGGAGGAAAAAAUAAUUGGCUGCUAAAAUAGAGAAGACCAAAUCUCAGACAAAUCACACAAUUUCCUCUAUGUAGAUAUGAAACAUUGAAAAGCCAGCAGUGGUGGAACUACUGUUUCUACUUAAAAUGCCCAAGAUUGUGGCUCAUCUGUGUCCUGUUAUGCCAGCCAUCGGAAGUACAAUUUUUGUAUGUUUUCCAAGGAAUUGUCAGAUUACUUCAGAUUUAAACUAAUAAUCAUGGCAGUAAGAAAAGCAGAUUACUGUAGACAGGUAUCUUAGGUCAACUUUGUAGAGUAGUGCAUUUCUGAUAGUGGGCACAUGUGCUUUGGGAUUUGGUCUAUUUUUUACACCAUUAAGAUGAAAUGGAUUGCUUCAAUAACGGAUCAGGCUCAGAUAGUACCAUAUUAGUACUGUAGUACAAAUUACACGAUUUGUGUACAUCAUACCUCUUGUCGGUGCCAUGUAUGUAUCACCCAAGUCUUCGGUGUUGAAAUUUUACAUGGUUUAGGAUACCUCCACUACCACUGUAAAAUUCAGCACUUGAUGUUAGAAUGGUACUGAACAACUGAUGUCAUAUUUUUCUGUUAAUGUUUGAAACUGAGACAGUAUAAUUGCUUCAUGUACAGAUUUUAUUUUCCCCCUUUACAUACUUUUAGCACUAGGUAAAUUAUUAUUAAGUCCCUUGUGCACUGUGUUGUAAAUAUGUUUUUAAAUUGCUGUUUUUUUGUAUAUUCUUGCAGAUGUUAACAAUUUUUACUCUUUUUUUUAUAUGUGAUAAACAAACUUGAGUUAUGGACAAGUAGUGUGCUAAGUAGGCUACUUUUUAAGAGCUGUGCCAAUCUAAUGCAUUUGUGAAAAACAUACUCUUUUUGGAAGACUGAUCAUCUAAAUAUUAACACGUAUUACAUCUGUAAUAGAUUGGUAGAGGUAUGUGUCUGAUGAUAUUUGUGAUAAGACGGUGAUUGAAUAUGAAUGUACACUGCUACAGGAAAAUGAAUCGUGAAUUUUUGAACAAUUUGACAAAAAAAUUGUUAUGUUUUAAGUAUUUUCUGCUGGCAGGUAAACAUAUUAGCAGUAUUUGCUUCUUAUACUGUGGUCCUUCAGUGUUUUCACACUUUAUACCAAAGCAAAUGUCUCGUGUGUGAUGAGUGAUAUACUUUGAACUUGACUGAAAAGUACUGGAUAGACAUUCGUGUAGUUAUCUGUUGUUAUAAGCUUCUGUUCUCUCUCUCUCUCUCUCUCUCUCUCUCUCUCUCUCUCUCUCUCUCUCUCUCUCUCUGUGUGUGUGUGUGUGUGUGUGUGUGUGUGUGUGUGUGUGUGUGUGUGUGUGUGUUCGUGUUCUGCAGUUGCAGUGUUGUUCAUUUAUUCAUGUGUUGUUAUAACAAAAGAGUAAAAAAGAAUUUUUUGUCACUAUUUGUGGUUUAAUUCUUUUUCAGUUUACUUAAAUGUCUUAAUGUGUUACUCCUAAUGUUUCAAUGUACAGUCUUUAACAUUUGUAUAUUUUGUAUAUAAACUAUUGAAGGACUGUUUACAUCACCGUAGAAUAUAAUUGUGAUUCACUAGAGCGUUCUUAUAAUUUUUCUUACAUAACUGUACUACACCUUCAAUACUACUAGUACUGUGCAGAGUGUAAACUUGUGACAUUACAACAACAUUUAUUAAAGACUACUGUUUAAUGGAAUUGAUAUUUUGACGUUAUACAUUGUAUAAAUCCAUUCUACUGCAGUAAUCCUUAUAGAUGUUGGAAUUUCUGUGUGUUGUCGUAUUACAUUAAAUGGUGAGUUUCUGGCACUUAGCUCAUUUAUGAAGUUUGUGUGACACCUAGGUAAUUUCAUGACCAGGAAAAGUGCAAUAAAUGUCUGCUUUGUAACAUUUUGAAGAUGUAUGUUUAUUGAACAGCAUGCAUUAGUUUAUUGUUCUUCACAAUCAGCAGUCCUUUUCUGAAUACCUAUUUUAUAUGGUUGGUGUUUUAUGAGUUUUAGGUACUUUAUUAAGAGAAGUUGUUGGUAGGUGCUCUAUGACUGUCAAGAUGUAAAUGAGUUGCAUCGGUUUUAAGAUCUUUGCCUAAUUGAGAAACGGCAUGAAAAGAAUGUAGAUAUUUUUAAAAAAUUAAAAUAGUGAAUUUAACUUGUUGCUGUGUCAAGAAAUAAGCUUUUGUCUUGUGUUCUCAUCGUAGUAAUAACUGAAGGAAAAACUAUUUGUAUGUUUCUAGUUGCAAUGUACUUGGUCCCACUACCUUUAAAUCUGUGCACAUACAAGUUUUAGAUAUUUCAGUCAAAACAAGUAAUUGACAUCUUAAAAUUAUUUUCCACCUCUUAUUACUAUUAUUUUUCUCCCCAACUUGAGACUGCAUGAAUGCAUCAAUGCAAGGCGAUUAUGAUUAAAUAUUUUGUUGAAAUUGUAAUAAUGAUGUAGAAUGAAAUUGUGAGAGUUCUUAAAGUAGUGAAAACUGUGCCAGUUAUGGUGCUGCUGUUACUGCACUGAAAUGGCAAGUCACCGUAUUAUUUGAAUUACUACUUUGGAAUGGUGCUGAAACUUUUUGAAUGCAAAUGAUUGGCUGUGCUAUGCAAGAUAGAGAGAAAAUGUAUUUAUAUUUCGAUUUGUUGUUGCAAUAUUUCUGUAAGCACGAAAUGUAUGUAACUAUGUCCAAAGCCACACAGUGAUAACACAUACAGAUUCUGUAACAAGUGGAGGUAACUUAAUGACUUGCUUAAAUCAAUGACACUACAACAUACAUACACACACAUUUUCUGUCUGGGUGGUGAUAUUGAGACUGCUGAUAAUUAUCAUUAGUAAUAAAACAAAAAUGGUGAAGAAAUAGAUUUUGAAGAAUAGACCCAUAGAAAGUAUCUGAUAUUGUAUUCCAGGUGGGCAAAUAUUGCAAAACAGAACAUAUUUUAAAACAUAAAAAUUUACUGAUUCCCCACAUGUUUGCAGUUAUAUCUUAAAUUUUUAUGUGAGGAUCAAAGCAGAAAUGUGGUUUUUGUACAUUGCAAAUUUGAUAGAUAUGUAAGUAUAGAUGGAAAUUCCACACAAAGGUAAUAAAAGUAUUCUUGUUUUAAGUACCUUAUAUUUCAACUGUUGAUGUUUCUCUGUCAGUGUCUGUUGAGAAGUAGUCUUAACUUGCAUAUGUGAAGUAUCCUUUUAAGUGAGAGCACACAUUUCUGUCAUUCUCAGUUGUAUGUGUUACAGAAUGUACAUAGGAGUAGCGUACAGUUAGUUGCCAACUUGUGUUACUGAUUUUAAAUGAUUCCUUAACAGUUUUGUAUUUUUUAAAAUUUUGUUUCAGUAGGUAUGUUAUAUUCUUCUGUGGCUGGUGGAUAUGCUCCGUAGUAAAAGCAAAACUUCUCUGUUUUAUAAAGCUGAUGAAUUGUUCUCAGUGUUCUACUUGUACUAUUUGUAUUUUGUAGUGUUUGGCUCUCGUAGUCCACAAGAGUGUUUCGAUCAUUUCACUCUGCGAAGCCAUUGUAAUUUAAGGUGAAUUAUGUAGCUUCAUUUUGAUUGUGAGUAUGUUGUUGAUAUUGCAUUUUUACUUUUAUGAAUCUCUUGUCCUCAAUCUUUAAUGCUGCUCAUGUAGCUAAACACUUUGAAUAUUUUCCUGUUCUCUAAUUUAUCACCCUCUGAAACUUUUAUUUUCUAAGCACAAAGAAGACUGAUUAGAUAGUGAGGCACUAAGGUAGGAAGUACUCUGAACAGUGGAUGAUUUAGGUUUAUUUGGUUUAGGCAAAAACAUUUUAACAUACUGAUCUUAGUCAUAUUUGGUGCACCUGUCAGUGUUUCCUCUUCAGCAGUCUGAAACUGCAACUAAUGCCAGUGUACCAGGUAGUAACCACACAGUGCCGACUCAGCCUCGCAACAUCGGCUUAGUGCUUCCUGAGAAGGUGCAGAGUUGAUACAAUCAUAUGCAGCCACUUGGUAGGCAAGCAGUCGUAGCCCGACAAAAUAUUGUGGGGUGAAUGAUUUUGUUACUAGAAAAUUUGCGAACACCCAUACAUGUUAAUGCUGCUCCAAGAACAAUGUAGUUUUGUUAGCAUGAAAGUUGCUUUAAGUUGGACUAAUACAGACUGGCUGGAGAAAAGUGGAAUGGGAAAUUAAAUAAAGAAUUUGCAGGUAAAUGAAUCUGUAAGUAAUUAAUUUCCUUUUUGGUAUUUUCAAGAAAAGUAAUUUUGUGAGUGGUGCUCAGUGACUGUCUUUUUCCUUCUCAAGUGUUUUCUCUGAGUUACAAAUAAGAUGCAUAAUUGUCCAUGUGGUGGUUCAUUCAUUCACUCACUCCCCCUCCCCCCCUUAACACGCAAUAGCACAGUUUCUAUCAUUUCAAAAACAUGGUCUCUGCUUCCUUUCACUGUUUCCAUCUCUGACAUCACUACCUUAUAUUUGUGCACAGUUGUUGUUGAAACCACCAAAAGCUAUCACCAACAGAAUGAGAGGCCCAAGAUGUAAUUACAGAAAUCAAAGAUGGUCACCAUCUGAUAGCUGUGUAGAUGGAUAUGUGCGGGUAUGAUUAUUAAUGUGUUGCAGAAUGGUGCCCACAUGAUAGUCAUGAUUGUCACAAGUGUGUUGGCUUUUUGUGACAGUUAACAUCCAUAAGACACCACCAUUGCAGAUGGCUAUUUUGCAUUGUUUCCUGGCAUCCACUGUUACACAGGCAUUCUUUUAUGCUGGCGUUGAAAGCAAAGUACGCUCAAACCCUGUCAACUUUUUCCUGUUACCCUUUUUUUUUUAAAUUUGAUGUGUAAUUUGCUAUGUAUUGUAACAGUUACUGCAUUGGUAUUAUUACAUCCAAUUAUUGCAACUAGUGGUUUGAAAUUUAUAAGACAGUUUCAGGGUUGGUUAAGCACUCUAUAUUUUAAAGGCAAAAUCAGUCCCUGAGAAUGAUAUGAAAUGUGUACUGAAAAAAAAAAUCACUUAAGAUAAAGAUUGAAAGUAUAUUUUUAGAAUACUGCUGUUAUAUAUUAUGUAGAAAUACACUGUAAAGUGUGUAUUAUAUGUGAAUUGUUAUUAUUUGCUUAUGAUCUCUAUAGUGCCAAUAAAAUAUAUUGAGGAUCAUGUAUAACUGUUGGAGUUCCAAAGUUGAUGUGUGUGCUAUACAAAUUAACAUCUACAUUUAAAUAUAUAUGUUUGAAAUGUAUAAACGUUGAUUAUGAAAUAUAUCUGUAUCUUACUGCUUCAGAA